ACCGCCAUAAAACGUCAAAGAAGAAGAAGAACAUUCUGCUGAGCUUUUAGUAAACGCAAGAGGUGAAAUAUAAAGUUAAGCAACGUUAGGAAGUGGAUAAACGGCGCAUGAAUGGUCAUAGACAUGUCAAAAUCAGAGAAGAGCAGAGAAACAGAGAAGUAUGAAUGAAGAAAGCUGCCUAUUUAUCAGCACAAAGACAAACUCAUUCAAACUGUGAAGGAAAACACCUUCCUGAUCGUAACAGGUGAAGCUGGCAGCGGAAAGACCACUCAGCUGCCUCAGUACUUGUAUAAAGCAGGUUUUUGCAGAACUGGUGUGACUCAGCCCAGGAGGGUUGCAGCCAUCACUGUAGUCCAGAGGGUGUCCCAUGAGAUGGGGGUCUGGCUGGGUGAGGAGGUGGGAUACCAAGUGCGCUUCGAUGACUGCUCUACAAAGGUAAAUCCAACAUCCCUUUUAUUUUAAAGGUAAACCAGAAGGACAAAAGGAAGCAGAGAUCAGACAUAAAGAGAUAGCAGCUUGUGCUGGCGGCUCCAAUGAUUUCCUCAUGCUGCUCUGUGUUUGAGCAGUGCAGAGCGAGGUAGACCAUGACUGGCCAAAUGACUAAAUAAAUCCAGAACUCUUUAUGGAAAUCCACUGGGGAGCAGUGAAGUCAGCCUUCAGCGUUGGGUCUCAGCUGAGGGAGAUUCUUCUUCGCCUGAAGCCGCAGAAAGACUUUCCACAUGAGACGUUUGAGGGCAGUCGGAGUGAACUGCUGCGGCAGUGCCUUUGCCUGGGUUAUUUCACCAAUGUAGCCAGGAGAUCUAUUGGGAAGUCAUUCUGCACCAUGGAUGGACAUGGGUCCAGUGUUCUUAUUCACCCCUCAUCAUGUCUCUUUGGUCAAGAAUUGCAUCUGGAUUGGAUCAUCUUCCAUGACGUGUUGGUCACCUCACGGGUGUACUUAAGAACAGUUUGUCCCAUCCGUUACGACUGGGUAAAGGACCUGUUGCCGAAGCUGCAUGAAAUCGACGUCUAUGAGUUGAGUAGUGUCACUAGGGAAGAGGUAACCGAUGAAGAGAUGGCGCAGUGGGAGGAGAAAGAGGCAGCAAAAAGACAAGCAGAAGUCACAGAGGAUGAGGCAAAGAAGAUGGAAAAGCGAAACGAUGAAAGUUCAAAUACAGAGGCUCGCACUCGCUGUUUGAAGCGAAAACAGCAUCGGCUGCAAAGAAAGGGCACAUGAGAGGAUCAAAUAUUCACCACAGAUACUGCAGCUGCUGAAUACAAAUAUGAAAGAUUUUAUAAUCUCAGAUUUCAGAACAUAAUCCGCGUUUACUGCCACAGC